UUCAAACUUGUUCAAGAUUCGGAACAUGUUCGGGGUUGGGGUUUGAUGAAAUUUACCCUGAAACUCCUCCGUUGCCAUCUCUAAUUUUUUAGCAACAAGAAGCUGAGAUUUUCUCUAAUGUUGAUUAGCUUAGCAUGCAAGUUUGAGAUUUUAACCCUAUCACGUGCUUCUUCCUAUAGUUCAAGCCGUCGGCCGCCUCAUCUUCUUCGGCAUAGCUGGCUCUCCAUCUCGGAAUCUCGAGUACGCCACAGACGAGUUUGCUCAUCUCUCAUUCGGCUCCUGCAGACUGAGAAGCUUCAUCCAGGUUUAACUCCCUAGUGUAUCAUAGCUAAGAUAAAUAAGAAUCGGAAAACAUUGGAUCGGAGGUGAGGCCUUGUGUUUCUUCAUCAAUCAUGUUGAUACCGGGAUGGCGAAACUUGUUGGCUCUCAAAAGCUCUUUAACAAAGACAACCACUGUAUAUUCUGCUUCCUUUCAUUCUACACCUGCUGUCUACGAAAAGUGGAAGAACAAAUGGAGCUUUGAUGUAGGAGGAGGAGCACAGCAACCAUCCAAGAAUUAUGUUAGAUAUUCAGUACGCCAAAAGCGCGCUGAUGCCAAGAAAGCCCUGAAAGACCUUCUCUUCAAUAGUGGGUCUUCAAAAUUUUCGUUGCCGGAUGAAGAGUCGAUGUGGAACUUUGAUGGAGGAAAUGCUCGGGAUUCUAAGAGCUAUAAUAGUAAACGCCGGUCAAAGUUUUCUCCUCGAAGUUCCGAAAAGUCCCACCAUAAGAAAACAAAACGUAGACAUGGGAAAGAGAGUUUCUCUGAGGAUUUUGAUCAUUCCGAGAAUACAUUCCGUGCUACUUUUGGGGACAGAUGCUACACUUGGACCUUCAGGGAGGAGCCUUAUUCCAGAAACUCAACAUAUGGAUUUGAAUGGAGAGAGUAUUCAAGUCAGACAAAUCAUAAAACAAAAGCUUGGGACUCAAGUGAUGCUGAGUGUGAUAACGAGGCAUCAUACGCUGUAGGAUCAUGGUCAGAUAGGACAAUCCUUGGUCUGCCUCCAACAGGUCCUUUAAAGCUGGAAGAUGUUAAAAAUGCCUUCCGCAUAUCAGCUUUAAAAUGGCAUCCUGAUAAGCACCAAGGCCCUUCGCAGGCUGCUGCAGAAGAGAAAUUUAAGUUGUGUGUCAGUGCAUACAAAUCAUUAUGUGCUGCUGUUGCCUGAGUGCACACCAAUUUAAGAAUCAAGGAACUUCCGAGCACAGGUUCCUUUUCCACUGCCCUACAGGAAAAGGUGUAGGGUUAGAAUUGAUGAUUCAUUUUAUAAGUUCUUUUCUCAGUUCCCGGAAAGUCAACAUUUUUGGCAGUUGAGCAUAAAUCAAUCCUCGAAUAUAUUUUUUAAGUAGAGGGGCUCGAAUGUUAUCUGUUUUCAAGAAUGUCGUUGAGAAGAGAAAUAUAUUGUAAUUCAAUACAGAUGGAUUUUCAAUUUUCAAGAGUUAAAAUGAGAUUCAUGUAAUGCCACAAAUUCAAAGCUGUA